CUCCUUUCAACAACAACAAACCUUACCAUCUCCUCCAUCCUCAACAUCCAACACUCCACUCUCCAUCAUCAAAUCUCAUCAGCAGUCAUCAUGAACUCCAUUGCCCAGCUCGCCACCCGCUCCGCACGCCUCAAUGGCGGGCAAGCCAGCUCAAUCGCUCGCCGAGCUUUCACAAAUGGCCCAGCCACCUCCGUCUCCCGCUUCCAGACUGCUACCCGCAACAACGGUCUCCUCAUGAGCCGCGCCAUGCUCCGCAACACCGCCUCCAACGUCACCCGCGGCCAAUCGCGCGGUAUCGUCACCGAGACCAUCACCAUCGGAGCUGCCGUCCUUAGCGCCGGAAAGUUCAUCGGAGCUGGAGCUGCUGCUGCCGGUCUCAUCGGUGCCGGAACUGGUAUCGGAACGGUGUUCGGUGCCCUGAUCUCCGGUGUCGCAAGGAACCCAGCUCUCCGUGGACAGCUUUUCUCCUACGCCAUUCUCGGUUUCGCCUUCGCUGAGGCCACCGGACUGUUCGCCCUGAUGGUUUCCUUCUUGAUCCUCUUCGCAAUGUAAAAAGCUUUACUACAAUUACAUGGUGGAUUGGGGUGUGUUUUGUGGAGAUAGACGGCGGAGGGUGAUGGAAUGGAGAGGAGAGGAGAAAUGCCAUCGGAUCGGAUCCUAAUAGGAU